CCAACCAAAGACUGCGUAUAGUCAUAGCUCUGUUUUAGAAUCCUGUCAUGUUUCAUUAAUCAGCGAAAAGUCUGCAAGGCAAAGUUUUAAUGAUGGGUAUUCUUGAGAGCUUGUGGUUCCUGAUGGACACCCGUACGGUCCUCAUUACCACGGGGGUCCUGCUCGUCUUUCUCUGGUUGUUCAGCAAACCCCGGAACCUUCCUCCUGGUCCGUGGGGUUUGCCGAUCAUCGGAUCUGUUCCGGCUCUAAUGUGGGGGUUACAUCGGGAUGUGUACGUGCAACUUCUACUCCGGAGGUACGCCCAGAAGUACGGAUCGGUGUUCCGUCUGAAGGUGUUUAACAAGACUCUGAUAAUCCUGAAUGAUUAUAAAUCGAUCCGGUCUGCUUUUCAGCACCCGCAGUUGAGCGACAGGCCUGACAUGUUAUUGACGGAAAUAUACAAAAGCGAAGGUGUUGCCAUGGCAUCAGGUGAAGCCUGGACAGAGCUUCGUCGUUUCUGUCUGACCGUCCUCAGGAGUUUUGGGGUCGGCAAGUCCAGCUUCGAGGAGAAGAUAGGCACCGAGGCCGAGGAACUCCUCAAAGAGAUGUUCAGUUUUGGCGGGAAACCAUUUAAACCGAAUACUAUGUUGGACAGUGCCGUCUCCAACGUCAUUUGCUCGGUUGUCUUCGGGAAGCGGUAUGAGUAUUCGGACCAGGACUUCAGUGACCUACUCAACCUACUGGGUCGUACCAUUGCCUCCUUCGGUGCGGGUGGCGCCCUCAAUUUCCUUCCCGCUCUUCGCUAUAUGCCGUUCAUGGGAGUCGACUCUGUGGUUCUGAACUUCGAAGAGUUUGCGAAGUUCAUCGGGAACGUGAUCGAUACGCAUCGUGCAUCAUUCGAUGAGAACAACCCGAGAGAUUUAACAGAUGUGUACCUGAUGGAGAUUCAAAAGGGUCAGCUUAAUGGCGAAAAGGCACCGGUGACCAACGGGACGAAAAGCCACUCAUCACGGCGUCAUCUCAGCGAACGCAACCUGGUGGGUACCAUAGCGAACCUCUUCGCAGCCGGGUCUGGUACCACGUCCGGUACGCUCCAGUGGUGCCUGUAUUACAUGAUGACCUACCCGGACAUCCAGAAGCGGGUUCAGGCAGAGAUUGACGACGUCGUUGGUCGCAACAGGCUGCCGAGACUUGCCGAUAAGCCCGAGCUGAACUUCACUCAGGCGGUCAUAUGGGAGGUCCAGAGAUUGACCACGGUCACUCCAGUAGGUGUGCCGCAUGCAGCCGCCUCGGACACCGUUAUUAAUGGCUUCGUGGUACCGAAGGGCUCCAUCUUGGUGGCAAACCUCUGGGCCGUCUCCCAUGAUCCAAAGCUAUGGCCUGAACCCGACGAGUUCAAACCUGAGAGGUUCCUGAACGAGGAAGGAAAUGCUAUCAAGGCAGAAGAGUUCAUACCAUUCAGCACAGGUCGGCGAAGCUGCAUCGGUGAACAUCUAGCUAAGAUGGAGCUCUAUGUCUUCUUCAGCUACUUCAUGCAUCAGUUCGACGUCAGGAAACCAGACGGCUCAUCAUCUCCACCAUUAAAAGGAGAGCGGGGAAUUUUUCACUUCCCUCCUCCUUUUGAAGUCUGUGUGGUCAGGCGUGAUUAGAAAAAAUGGUUCAUUUACAUGUAGUUGGUAACCAUUUCUUUUUUUCACUUUUAAUGUAGCUCAAAAUCAAAAGUGACGUCUGUGUGUGCAAUGUGUGGUGAACGUUGUGUUAAGGCAAAUGGACACUAUUGGUAAUUGUCAAAGACUAGUCUUCUCAUUUGCUUUAUCUCAACAUAUGCCUAA